CCAGUGAAUGCUCCAGCUGGGCAUACGAAAAUUGGCACUGGCAGGGAAGGUGUGCGCGUGCUAUUAUCGGAGGCGUAGCCCAAAUCACGUUUUUACAGGAUUCAUCAUCAUUUUGUGGUAAAAUAACGAUUUAUUCUGCGAUGAGCUGUACGAUGAAGCAGUGAUUCAGAUCUUCGGAAAUCUAAUCACUUUGUAUUCAGUUUUUAACCACGUGGAAUAUCUUUUCAUCAUUUUUGGUCGGGAACCACUUUCCUAGAUGUAAAUGCACCUCACGGUCACCCCACACGUAAACGAAAUUUAGCCCGUUACCUCAGGGGGAGUUAACUUGGAUGAAAUGCACGGAUCAUGAUCUAUAAUAUAAUGUGGAAUAUAUGCAGCAAUGAUGAUCACAAGCAAGGAGUCAUCAGUGGAAUUUGUACUAUCUGAGGAGCACACCAAGCCAUCAGCUUUAAUUGAAUUAACUUGCACCAGACAAUUGACUAGAAUGGAGAUGUUUGUAAAUGGAAUUCUAAAGUGACAACCUGAGGAUAUGUUCAUUCUUUUCCAAGGAAAUUUAUGAAAGGAUUCAAAGGAUUAUAGAAGCUGCCAGGAUACUGGAAUGGAUUUAUAAGGAUAUGAAUGAGAAGUGGAGCAAAUUUCGAUGAGGGUGAUUACACAGAUGAAAUUUAGAUAAUUUUUUUUGUUGUAUAUUAUGAUUUCAACUAUCACUCCAGAGACCUUCAUCAAACCCUGAUAUGUUGUGGUAACUGCAGUUCAACAGAAGUCACAGCUGGUAACCAAUGUUAGCCAUGCACCUGAGUUAACGACACAGUACUCUUGUUGUUAAAGAGCUUCAUAGUGUAGUUUGUUAUCGUGUUAUUGUUUAAGGAAUAAUCAUGGAAGAAGAGAUGACCUCGAUGACCCAAGAUGAGGUCCUUCCAUACGUUAUGUGGACAGUGGCCACAGCUGUACUCGUGGUCAACAUCAUUGUCCUCAUUUUAGGUGUGGUCCAAAAGAGGGAGAUACCAGUAGAUGCUUUUCUCAUCCACAACCUCCUCUUCUGUUACCUGCUCCUCUGCCUCCACCCUUAUGUCAUCCUCACCAUGAACAUCAUCCUGAACCAUCGGCAUGACGAGGUUGUCAUCAAGGCGCUCUGUAGCUUUGCCAGCUUUGUGGGCGUGGCAACCUCCACCAUGUGCAUGUUGACCAUGGUGACGCUCGCCAGUAGCUUCCUCCUCCGUCUCCUGUUGCCGCGGCGAUUCAAGAACCUCAAGUCGUACCUCAAUGCCUUGAGGAUCGUCCUCAUCGCGGAGUGGGUGUUGGUUGGUCUCUUUGCAGUGGUGCCUCUCAUACCAUUCCCGGUGUUUGCGGAAGCCCAGGAGACCUCCAAGGUCUAUCUCUGUCUCCCGCUUCACACCAUGCUCGAGCAGGAACCAAUGUGGAUCUACACCCUAGUCCUGGCGUCCAUGGACGGCCUGUCCAUCAUCGUCCUCCUCAUGCUCAUCGUCGUCACCGCCUGCCAGCUCCACAAGCAGCAACGCCAUAAUGUCGGGGUAACACCCAUGGAGGCUAGGGUCAUCCAGAAGAACGCCGCUCUGGUCAAACGCGUUGGCCUCAUGAUGCUCAGUACAGUUGCCUUCCGCUUUCCUGGAGUGGUAGCUAUCUUUGGUGCUAACCUCAAUGUGAGUAUUCCGACGGUGGUGUUCCAGUGGGUGUUCGGGAUUGUACUUCCGUUCAGUGGGAUCAUUGGACCUGUCAUCUAUGUCUUCUAUGCUGGCCUGGAGGACACCACCCUGGAAGCAUGUUGGCACUCCUGCAGGAAGAAAGCCGUGAAAGGGGGCAGUGCUCUACGUGUUGGACUGGGUCAGCUGGCUCGUACGGUCCCGCCCUCGAGAGCUUCUGGCCACGGAAAGGGAACGGACAUAGAGGGAGCUCUUACCAACGGGAUGGGACCACAUACCCACGAUACCUUGCCCCGGGGUAGCAACCGUGCCCCUAGUGAAGCAUCGUGGGUAGAGCAUGUCAUCAUGCAGUCGAGACCUGAGAACUUUGGUAUCGUGGAGUGGCAGACCAGUAAUGGCUCCCCUCGCAGAGGUCUUCUGCAGACGUUCCACCCGGACCACUACCAGCAGUGGAAGACUGAGGCCCUCACCCUCUCCCGGCUCCAGUCCAAACGCUUUCAUCCCCACAUCAUAGAAUGCCUGUGGCACUCCAACAGUUCCAAGACCCGCUUGGAUCGAGGAACAGGCAAGGACGCUGCAAAGCCUGUCUACUUGGAGAGAUAUAUCUGCACCACCUACUACCAGCAUGGUAGCCUGCAGCAGUUCCUGCCCAAGUUCCUGGACAAGUUCAGCGAGUCCACCCUCCACUCCCUGUCCUGCCAGAUAUCCCAGGGCCUGGCCUUCCUCCACGAGAACAACGUGGUCCACACCAGGCUGGAGUCUACCAACAUCAUGGUCGGAGGCAACCCAGAGGUGAGGGCUUUGAUGUGUGUGUGCUUCUGGGGGGUGUUUCACAAAACUUGUCAUCAGUGA